AUGAAGCUUCUAUCUUGUUUAUGUUUACGCGAUGAAUCAGCACUUUCGAGCUUUAUCGAAUUUCAAGGUUUGCGUGAAUGGUUAAUGUCAGCACUUGUUGGAUGUCGGUCAGAAGAGGCAAGAAACCUUUUAGAACAAAAUCUUCUUCGAUUUUGUGAAGAGAUUACUAGCAAUGCAACCUUCGAUGGAGCUUUGGUCCGAUUACCGCCUUCACUUGAAACAUUUCUCACUUUAUUAUGGUCAUUUUUACCAGACGUAGAAAAUUAUGUAGACACUAGUAAAGAAUAUUUUGAACUAAUGGGACAUUUGAUGCCAUAUAUAACAAAGUCUGCUCGCCAAUUUAAUUCUCCUAAUGAAGAUACUGUUAUUGUUGGUUUAAUACAAUUGAUGACAAUCAUCAUUGCAGAACAUCCCGAAUUUAAGCGUCUUCCUAAUGACGACUUGCUUGACUUGAUCUUCAAUGAUUGUCUUUUUGAAGUACCAACACUUGAACAUGCAGGAUCUGUUCUUCCUCCAAAAUGCAAACUUGAAGCCUCAAGGACUGCAGCUUUGGAUUUAUUAAAUGAGCUCGUUAAAGAUUGUCCAGAAAAUUUUGUCCACAUAACUGAAUUGUAUUUGAGACAAUUAGAUCGUGGGGAACAAUUAAACGAUAAUUGGAAUUAUUGCCCAAAAACAUGCCAAAAAGCUUCUGCAGGUUAUGUUGGUUUGUCAAAUCUAGGAGCUACUUGUUAUAUCAAUUCAAUAAUUCAGCAAUUUUUUAUGAACACUGCUUUUCGGGAAAGUCUUUUCUCUGCCCCAGUUCUUGACGAUAAUAAAGAUGAAAGCCUUUUAUAUCAACUUCAGGUAGUAUUUGGUCAUUUGCAAGAAAGUGAAAAAAAAGCAUACGAAGCGAUACAAUUUUGUCAUGCGUACAAAGAUAUAGAUGGCCAACCAUUGAAUGUGACUAUUCAGAUGGAUGUUGAUGAAUAUUUCAGUGGACUUUUUGACCGCUUGGAAAAUAGU